AUGGAGUCAGAGUUGGGAGAGAAUGAGAAAACGGGAUUGGUUUUGGCUUUUGGGUCAAGAGGACUGGUUGGAACUGUUUGGAAUACAAAAGGUGUAUGUUCUAGACAAAGGGUGGAGUUUGUGAUGAAAGAUGGCGAAACACCAGGACUCAACGCGUGGUUCAAUGCUUUAGAAACCCUCUUUGAUCGAUUAUCCUCUAUCCAACCUCUCGCUUCUAUCGAUUUUGUAUCGGGGACAACACCUUCCUACCCUCUUCAUUUGCCUGCUACAUAUGCCGACACUUUAACUCAACUACAUCCUUCUCAACCUCUCUCAGUGUAUGCCUCACGGUUCAGUCUCAAUCCUACGAUCUUAACCCAAGGGGCAGAUCGAGAAGUCGGGGAUGAAUUCCGUGUUGGACAAAUUGAUUGUGGGGAAAUCACACCAGAUAUUCCGGAUCAAAGAGCUAAUCACCCCUCGGAGGAAGUUCGACAAGAUCCAACGUGCGAGUCAGGUGGGAAGAAGGUCACACCGGGAUGGUUCAUGUGUGGUUUGUUUACCCAAACUUCUGGAAAGGCCAUGGAUAGGGAUUUGAUCUUGUCGGGAUUGGAAGGUGGUGGAGAUGAUGAAGACAGAGGAUCACCGGGGGAUGUGGUAGGACGCAGUGGGAGAUAUUGGCGGGAAAGAUGGGGAUUGGAUUGUGAUGUUUUAAUUUUCACACCGGAAAUUCUUGCUUCUCAUCUGUCUUCCCAAGCCGGACCAGAGGACGCUUUCAUCUACUUUUCUCAAAAGGAUUACCUCAUCUUCCGAUUGGAUCCUCAUAUGACUUCGAAGGUUUCAAAAACGAAAACGAUCAUAGUCCCUUCGCUCGAAUCUGGAGGAGAUGACUUGGUGGUUUUUCCUUAUGCCAACGGGGACAAAAUGAGAAGGUCGAUGAAGGACAGAUAUUGUAAUUCCAAAUGGAAACAAUUUGAUCAACUUGUGAAUGUCGUCUUACCUGGUGGUAGCUUAGGAUUUGACAAUAAAGUCUUCACUUUCCCGUUUCUCGAGAGUUGUCAAAUCAAUUUGUCAAGGGUUAUCAUUUCUGGUAAACCUGCAGAAAGUAUUGCCCUACCUUGCGUUCUCUCCGAUAUCCUUAACUUACCCGUUUACCACUCCCUUUCCGCGGAUCCAACACUAGGUACGAUCCUCACUACCAACUCAACGGUCGAUCUUUCUUCUCUUCUCCAAAAUUUUAUCCCACUCGACAAAUCUUCAUCUGUACAUAACACGACAAACACUUCACUUUCAACGUCAACCUCAUCUUCUCAAUCCAACCCUUCACUCAUUCUUGCAACUCCUACCAGCCCUACCAACCCCAGGAAAACGGUGCGUCAUGGAAAGAGAGAAUCACCCAGAUCUCAAAAUCAUUCAAGGAGUGGAAGUAUAACAUUAAGUGUGUUGAAAGAAGAAGAAGAAGAAGCUACACCGAGAGUAAGAAUGGGAGAAAUCGAUUUAGAAACUCCUCCUUCUUCCCCUGAGACUAUUUCGGGUGGUAUGAGUUCAUAUAUCCCAUCAACUCUUUUCAAUCAAAAUACUUCUCAAUUCUCUCCUGAGCCAUCGUCAAAACGAAAGAAGGAAAAUAUGCUUUCAUCACAAUUUGUCAAUCCUAAGACUCCUGAGAUUCGCAAGAGGGAUAAACGUGAGGGUAAUCAAACCUCGACUGAGAAUCGGUCGAUGGAGAGGGAAGAAGAGAAUAAAAAUGCUCUCGCCCAGAUGGACAAGCAGGAAGGAGUUGAAGUGGAUGAAGAAAGAUGGAAGUUGAGACAUAUAGCUAAUCCAUCUUGGGGAAGUUUGAUCUAUGAUGGGAUGUUAUUGGAAUUUUGUCGUCUUCAGGAUCAAAUCCAAAGAAGAUUAAUAAACUUUCAUCCUUCUUCACCCAACCAUUUGACCCAACAAAUGAAUCCCAAUUGGAAGCUUAGGUCUAUCCCAUUCCCGACGUCUGAUCCAAAUUCGAUUCCUUGUCCCAAUACCGGAUUUCGGCUUGAUCAUCCUCAUACAAACUUUGAUCCUCGUCUUCAUCCCAUUCCUCAUCUCGGUCCAGUUCCAAUAUCUGUUCAUGAUCACCGUUCAGAGUUUGAACUUGGUAUCGGUUCAGACCUUAAUCCUGAUCAUGGACAUAGUUCUGGUCAUGAACAGGGUAUUGAUCAUGGACAUAGUUUUGGUCAUGGACAUACUUUUGGUCAUGGUUCAUAUACUCAUCCUGAUUCUAGUCAAAGAAUAAACUAUGGACCAGAAAUUAACUAUGGAUAUGAAAUCACAUACGAUUCUGAAAGAAGAGAGUAUCGACCUGAAAACACAUCAUCAUCAUUUAGAAGUGGAGGAUAUCAACAUGUUUUCGGAUCUAAUAGAGGUGGUGAGAAUGGUAGAAAUAGGAGAAAUAGAGGAAGAGGUUAUAUAUCUUUUGAUCAAAUAAGAGGAAGGUAA